AUGACACUGGAGGUUGGUGAAGGACGAGAUGAAUGGGAUUCAGAUGAGGAUGAGCCAACUUUGGCAUUAGCAGAUAGAUAUGGAAAAGACGGGGAUAAAACUAUCAAAAAUUGGAAAGUAGCUGUAGAGCAGGAUAGAGCAACUGAAGAUCGAUUGAUGAACAGUGUGCAGGUUUAUGAAGAAUUAGCAUCAAUGCGCCAAGAUGUUGAUGAGGACACUGAGGUCACACUUGCAUAUUCCAAUGUCAGACAGGAUUUAGAUCAACAUAGGCAAAGCAUGCACCCAGGAUACUAUUUUGUUGGUGACAAUGUAGACAUGAGAACAAAAAUUAACCUAGGUGUAUUGAUGAAAUAUGAGCAGUAUAAUGAAGAUAUGACAGACAUCUGUGAAUUCCUUCACACUCUCAUUCUUGGACAUGAUUCAACGGACGAUUGGCAAAAAAACCCAGACAAAGUUCUAAGUGGAGGUGACUAUCUCACAUUUGUGAUAUGGUCACAACUCUACAACACCAACUCUGCUCGCAGCCAAGGAACUUUGUAUGCUGCACGAACUACUUUAAACGCUAGGAAUGUCACUCAACACUCGUCACAGGACUUUUAUGCAUGUUCCGACCUGGUAGAGAAAGUUACAAUAGCUUAUAUUGUGACUGGUGGUCUUUGGUACUUUGGCAUGAGUUCUCUGAACUCUGUGCCAACAAAAAAUGUGUAUGACGGUCCCAUUGGUGACAAAAAAGAAAUGUGUGCACACAUUUUAUUCCAUGCAUCUGAAUUUGCAAAGCAGUACUGUGUUCCGGAUACACCACUUUUGCCAGAGUAUGAAUACAAGCGACCAAAAUCACUAAGAGAACAUGAGACCGAGGUCCAUGGUCACCCAGACCCUUUAUAUGGAAAUACCCGGGUUACCGAAAUUACAACAUGUGUAUCGGACGAUGGGGUACACAACUACACAAGAUUAAUGCUAAAUUUGGGACAGUUGAGAAUGAACCACAAUGAUGCUAUUCGUAUGGGAGAUGGUGAGCGUAUAAUGCGAAUAAACCAGUUCCUUGUUUUGUUUUACAAGGCUUGUAAUUGUCCCAAAUAUGCAUAUGGAAUUUUGGAGACAAUAGCUCAAACAAAGGUCCUUUUGACUGAGAGAAUGGCAUGUAGACUAACAUGGAACCGAACAGUUAAUCACAGAGGAGAAUGCGAUUCAAAUCAUCCAAAUGAUUUAGACUUGGAACAUUGCAACAAAGUUUUCAAGGAUGAAGCACACAGUUUUAGAGGUACUUUUACUGAGAAAACAGUGUCCAGAGUAAGGCGUAGUGCACUGUCAUUACAAUCUGCAUAUCAACAACUGGACCUUUUCUCCAUACUACCUGGAAGACUGCAUGAUAGUUCAUUUCAAAUGUCUAAAAGUCCUCUAUCCCUACUAGACAUGGAUGAAGUGCGCAACUGGAUAUCAGCUUCUCUUGUGGACUAUAAACGGACACAUGGAUAAAAAGAAUGUAAUAUAUAGGCAUCAGUCUUCAUUUGAUGAGUAGUUUACGACUGGUUUUGUAGAAAGAUAUUUGAUAAAUUCACUGUCAUCAGACAUACCAUCAUCUGA